AUGGUGUUUUCUGUUCAUGUUAAAGAGGUUCCCGAUUGGACGCCUUCUUUUAAUUUUAGGUUCUCUAAAGUUGGGAAUGACGAAAGUGAUGUUCAUGGUUAUUGUGAAGACGAUGGAAGUUAUCAUUCAUUGCAAGAUAAGGAUGAAUAUUCAUCUGAACCUUUUGGUAUUUAUAAUACAGUGCAAAAAAUGAAACAAGAUGAGGCAAAGACGAAAGGAAAUAUCGGUUUUAGUGGAUGGGGUAGUGGUAAGGGUCAUAAGAAUAGGAAGAGGGGAUGUUUGGAAGUAAUUUUCAUGUUGAAAGAGUGGAGCAACAACCCCAAACAACAACUUCUAAAUCUUCCACUAUUCCAUCAGAAGUCCCUACGCCUACAACAACUCUUCCAGCUGUUGUUGUGUCUCCGCCACCUGCUGACGUGA